AGUCCAGAUGGUGGAGGUAUACGCGGAUUAUCGACACUCUAUAUCCUGAAGACCAUUAUGAUCUCGAUUCAAGACGAAAAAAAACUGCCCAAAGAGCCUCUUCCUUGCGAGGUCUUCGAUCUCAUCGGCGGUACGAGUACUGGAGGCCUCAUCGCUCUGAUGCUUGGCCGUCUUCGCAUGUCCGUGGACGACGCUAUCCGGGCAUACGCGAAACUGUCCAAGAAAGUAUUCUCGCAAACCAAAACCGGACUCGCACCUAAUGGCAGG